GCGCCCACGCACGCCGCCGCGCGCGCCGCCCGCCCAGCGCCGCCAGUCAGCAGUGCGGCUCCGUGUUGGCUGAUCCAUCUGAUAGGGCCAUCUUCUUUUUCAAUUUCGUAGGACACCUAGACCAACACUACCACAAUGGCGGAUGAUGAAAAAAAGAAACUCGAGGAGGCGAAGAAGGCCAAACAGGCCGAGAUCGACCGCAAGCGCGCGGAGGUGCGCAAGCGCAUGGAGGAAGCCUCCAAGGCUAAGAAGGCCAAGAAGGGGUUCAUGACCCCAGAGAGGAAGAAGAAGCUCAGGUUGCUGCUGCGUAAGAAGGCCGCCGAGGAGCUGAAGAAGGAGCAGGAGCGCAAGGCGGCUGAGAGGAGGAGGAUCAUCGAGGAGCGCUGCGGCAAGCCCAAGAACAUCGAGGACGCCAACGAAGAUACUAUUAAGAGGGUAUGCAAAGAGUACCACGACCGCAUCGGCGAACUAGAAGAUCAAAAGUACGAUCUGGAAUACAUCGUUAAAAGGAAAGAUAUAGAGAUCGUAGACCUGAACAACCAAGUCAACGACCUCAGAGGCAAAUUCGUUAAACCCACCCUCAAGAAGGUUUCCAAAUACGAGAACAAAUUCGCCAAGCUCCAGAAGAAGGCGGCUGAGUUCAACUUCCGCAACCAACUCAAGGUUGUCAAGAAGAAGGAGUUCACCCUGGAAGAGGAAGACAAAGAGGCCAAAAAAGCGGAGAAGGCUGACUGGGCCAUUGGCAAGAAGUAAACACGUCACUCACUCCACUAUACAACAAUUCCCUAACUUAUAUCAUUGAUGGAUUAAGCUAAUUUUACACCGAAUAAAAAUAAAUUUAUUCUUUUCUAUAAAACUCUUUUGAGAUUCCUCCCAAACCCUUCACGUAAGAACUUAAAAGAGGUGAGAAAGUUUGCAUUCAGCACAAAAAGCUUCGAUUUUCGUUGAACUUUUCUUUUGAAGAUGUAAAUAACAGCUCAACACGACUCUAAAGGGUUACGGGCUUACGCUUUCAAAUAUGUUAUUUGAAAAUGUUAAAACGGCAUCUAUUUUGCCCCUUAUACUUCACUUGUGUCCUUUGAAAUAGUGCUAAUAUUUUACGUCACACAUAAAGCUUACCUACAUGUAACUAACACAUUCACACACACAAAUAACAGUCAAGUUUUACUUUAUACAGAGUGUAGAAAAGUCGUAAUUUGCGCUCGCAAUUGCGAGAACCACAAACUCGUGACAAUUAGCUCAUACGUGCUGGCAUUUACUUUAACUGCAGGCUAACGUAUUUGUAAAGUGUUGGUCUCAUGGUGCGAUGUUUCACAGGGAGGCGCCGGGGGCAAG